CCGCGACGACCGCGACACUCGCGGGGUGCAUGCUGCUCCAGUGACAGUUGUCUCUCUUUUUGUCGAUUUCUACCAAGGUAGAUUAACUUUGAUCCAGGUUUGACUUACUUUGUAUCUUUUUCUACUCUUAAGAAUUAGAACAAGAUGAAAAGUAAAAUAAAACCGUGAUUAAAGUUAAUCUACUUGGUAGAAAUGAGCAUUUCCGAGUUCCGAUUGAAACGACGAUUUCUAGAUGGCGUACAAGUUUGUUUAUAGUUACUCGUAAAGCGAUCUAAAUGCCGUCGGAGUCGGGACGAACUUUCUCGGCGGUAUUAAAGUCGAGGAGAGAAUAUCACCCUGGCCUCAAAUAUGGAUAAGCUUUCGAAGCCGCAGAUAAUCUGCCACGUCGAGAAAUCGGUGGAUUAUUCGCUGUUCGACGCAAAAUGGAUACCGUGCAGCGCGAAGUUCGUGGUUAUGGGUGCUCGACCUCGCGGCACCGGUAUCAUACAGAUUUACGAGGUGUCCGGUGGCGAGUUGAAGCUCGUCAAGGAUAUAGAGAGGUCCAGUCAGAUGAAGUGUGGAACAUUCAAGGCUUCCAGUCUUCGCGAUCGAUACUUGGCUACUGGUGAUUUUAAGGGCAAAUUAAAUAUCUACAAUCUGGAGGAUCCUUUGAUACCAGUUUACUCGGCUAAUGCCCACACGCAGAUUAUAAAUGCCAUUGACGGAGUGGCGGGUGCUAGUGUGGGAUGCGGAGCGCCGGAACUGGUGACUGGAUCCAGAGACGGAAGUGUAAAAGUAUGGGAUCCCAGGCAAAAGAGUCGACCGGUCGCUGUCAUGGAGCCCAAGGAGGGGGAGAGCCGUCGGGACUGUUGGUCGGUUGGAUUCGGCAAUUCUUACAAUUCCGAGGAGAGAGUGGUAGCAGCGGGCUAUGAUAAUGGAGAUGUUAAAAUGUUCGACCUGAGAGCGAUGUCACUGAGAUGGGAGAGCAAUUUGAAAAACGGAGUUUGCGGUCUUGAAUUCGACAGAAAGGACAUCCCCAUGAAUAAGCUGGUUGCCACUACGCUGGAGUCCAAAUUCUAUCUCUUUGACUUAAAGACCCAGCAUCCCAAGAAAGGUUUUGCUUACCUUGUCGAAAAGGCACACAAGUCAACGAUAUGGCUGGGUAAGCAUUUGCCGCAGAAUCGUGAAUUGUUCGCCACAUGCGGCGGUGAAGGAUCAAUCUGUCUUUGGAAAUACGAUUAUCCAGAGAAGAGGAAAACUACGGACGCCGACGGAAUCGAGCGAGGAGUUACGGGCAAUGUCAGUUUGCUGCAGAACUGUACGCUCUCGACGCAGCCUAUCAGCUCUUUGGAUUGGAGCCCGGACAAGCAAGGACUCGCCGUUUGCACGUCGUUUGAUCAAUGCUUACGCGUUAUCAUCACUACGAAACUGAAUACGUAUUGAUUAAACAUAAAGUAACAUGUAAAUAAGCUUGUACGUGUACAAGCGGAAACAAAGCGGUUCACACAGCCUUUUCACUUUAUAUAUAUAUAUAUUAUAUAUAUAUAUACAUAUACGCUUAAGAUAGCCAUUAAUGAAAGAAGUUUUUGUUUUAUACGCAAAGAUUUUAUUAAACGAUAGAACUAAGAGAUAAGGAAAAGGCAUUUGUUAUUUAACAUAUUUGCCAAAAUGGCACUCGAUGUUACGGAAAUUGAAUCGAGACAUCGAUUUCUCACUCGCGAACGCAAGAUGCAUUAUGCAACAGCGGGCAGACGAGAGCGAAUUAUAUGUCAUUGGGCCAAUCUAUUUAGGAUCGGACCCUUAUUAAGCACCGGCCAUCUUGCGCACGGUCGUGAAUGUUACGCAAUAUCGCACGCGACGUCCGCCAUUUGAGAUGCGUUCUCGGCCCACGCGUUGUCGCUCGCACACCUCCAUUGCAUCGCGCGCGCGAGGGCACAGCAUUACAAACGCGCGCUAACACAAGGUCAGGAAUACCUCGACUUUAAUUACGUGAAUUAGACGUCGGCCAAGUCGCAUCUCUCGCCCGCUUGUCGCGAUGUACGUUGAUGUUUGUCAAGAUCACCCCCCCCGCCCAUUUCAUUUAAUCCUUUUACAUCCAAUUAAUAUAUCUCGUUUCAUUUCGACCGCACAGAUUAGGAGUGCAAAAAAAAUUUAAUUAAAAUAAUUGUGCACAAUACACGCUCCAAUAUCGUGGCAUAUCUACUCCUUUUUUUUUCAUAAAAUU